AUGAGGAUCCAUUAUCUCCUCUUCGCCUUCCUCCUGGUGCUCCUGCUGCCUCCUGCGGCUUUCAGUCAAAGUAUACGCAACCCUUUCAGCUGCUUUUGGAACAAGGGAAUAUGCUGGAAAACAUGCAGUGGAAGAAUGCAACAGAUCGGCUCCUGUGGAAUUCCUGGAGUCCGGUGCUGCAGGAGGAGGAGCUGA